CGCAGAUCUACGGGAUGUCAUCACAAAACGCAACUCACGAUGAUUCGGAAGUCGAAACAAACCGAACAUCGCCGACAUGGCUAAAACCGGAACUCUUUGAACCAUUGCUUAGGCAGACCUUUGACCUAUUUAAGGGCAUUAGGACCUUCAAAGUCGGAGCGGGCACCAAGCCGGGCGACAACUAUGCCACUGUUAUGCUCUGCAUUAACAUCGAAGUGGAGCUGACUGAUAAUACCACGGAAGCUGUAUCGUAUAUGUUGAAAAUACCGCAUGCCUCGGAAACCUUUGAUGAUAUGUUCGGGAAAACAAAUAUCUUCAGCAUUGAACGCAACAUGUUCACAAAAUAUUUGCUGGAAUUUAAAGAUCUAUAUCGGAAAGCUGGCUUGGAACUGGAGUUUGGUGCCAAGUGCUAUGAACUUGAUGUAAAGCAGGAUUAUGUUCUACUCGAAAACUUGAGAACUAGAGGCUUCCAGACCAGUAAUCGCCUGAAAGGACUGGACAAGGAGCACACAAUGGGUGUGCUGAAGAAACUGGCACAAUGGCAUGCGGCCUCAGCAGUGCGAGUAGCCGAAAUAGGUCCCUAUCCCGAAGAUCAACUUUCGGGUAUGUUUACAGAGGAAAACAGAGCGCUAGCUGAAAAAAUGACUGAGGGUAUGUUAAAAUAUGUGCUGAAAUCGGUCGAGACAAUUGAGGGACAUGAGAGCUACUACAAUGAUAUUAAAAACAUGAAAGGCCAGUUAUAUGAAAACGCUAUGCAAUUAGGCAUUGCCGAUCCGAAUGAGUUCAAUGUCCUUAAUCAUGGCGAUUGCUGGACAAACAACAUCAUGUUCCAACACGAUGCAUCGGGCAAUAUAUUGGAGACCUAUCUGGUAGACUACCAGAUGGUAAAAUAUGGCAGCGUAGCACAGGAUUUGCUCUACUUUUUGAUUUCAUCACCACAGCUGGAGCUUAAAGUCAACGAAUUUGACUUUUUUGUGAAAUACUAUCACGACCAAUUGAUAACGCACCUAAAGCUCUUGAACUAUUCGAAAAGGCUUCCCUCUUUAAUCGACAUACACACCGUGCUCUUGAAAUACGGUAUCUGGGGCUAUUGCACUGCAUGUGGCGUUAUGUCGGGCGUAUUACUCGAAUCUACAGAUGCAGCUAAAUUUGACAAUUUAUUCACUGAUACACCAGAGGCGGAAGAGUUCAAGACUCUAUUAUUUUCUGGCGAAACCUAUAGAAGGCAUAUCAAAGUGGUUAUGCCUUGGCUGCAGAAUAGAGGCGCUUUACAGAUUAAUAAUGCGAAGAGUGAGAAGAAAAGCGUUUCAUCGACUAUUGAUUAAAUUAUAAAAUAAAAAACAUUUGAGCACAAUCGUUGACAUUUUAUUAAAUCAGUAGCAAUACAUCUCAUAUAUAUUUUAUAUUAUUGAAAUGUUAAACAUUGUUGUACAAGCUCUCUUAUAUAAUAAAUAAAUAAAAUAAAAACAA